CAGCUGAGUGUCCCUCUCUUCAGCCCAUCCAUCUCGACUGCUGUGCAUGGAGUGGGUCCCCUGUAGGGCAGCAACCUCGUAGGUGGCGGCGAACACCUCUGUUCCGGUGCCCGCCGCUGCCUACGAAGCUCCACGUCAACAAGGAACCGCCACGCCAUUGCAUUGACCACCACCACAAACAAAAGCAGUCGAGACGCACAGCACAAUCAGCAACGGAAAACUGCCCCCAUCCAUCCGUCCAUCCAUCCAUCCAUCCAUGGGUGUGUACACGCAUCGCAUAUAUCAGUUGCAUUGGCCCUCGUUGGCCCCGCUGCUGCUGCCGGAGGAGGCCGACGGCUGGCCGGUGUUCUGUUGGAAUGAUAUGUUGUAUCCGCCGGUCUCUGGGUUCUGCUCCAUCUUGAAGUUGUCCAGGGACAGGCCGAUCUUGCCCAGGAAAAAGUUGCCUGAUUGUUGACGAUAGGGAGGGAAGGAGGGAGGGAAAAGAGCGUGUGUGUGGGGGGGGGAUGCGCGUGUGUGGCCGCGGGAGUGCCUGCCGUAUGUUACCCAGGUCUUUGAGUUUGCCGACCACCUCCUCUUUGUCCUUCUCGAACUGCUCCUUGGCUAAACAAAGAGAGAGAUCCGACGUAUGUUUAUGUGUGUGUGUUAUCGUCAGUCAUGUCAGUCAUGUGUGUGUCCGCCGGCCUGGCGCACCUCUCGUCUCGAGUCGAGCCAGCGGGCCGGCAAGCCUGCUCCUGCACCCACACACGCACACACAUAGAGGGUGCACCUCGGUAGGUGUGUGAGGUGCACCUCCCUCCCUCUCUCUCUCCCAGCUCUCCCAGCUCUCUGCCUGGCUGACCUUUGUGAAGGGUCCAGCUCGACGACCUUCUGCAUGUCGGUGAGGGCGUCGUGCCACCGCUCCAGCUUCUCAUACGCACUGCAACGACGCAUAAACGCCUGACAGACAGGGAGCGAUACCAACAGGGGGGCGGGGGGGACAUACCACACGGAUGUAUCGGCUGUCACGUUGAUUCCGGUAACGUGAUACACACACGUGUACCUUGACGUAGGUGGUGUCGCUGGCGAUGGCGUCGCUGCAGUCGGCCGCCACCAGGUCGUACUUCUCCAGCUGCAUGUGACACGCCGCCCUGCACACAAUCACACACACACACACGCACACACAUACAGGUACACUCAGAGAUCUGUGACCUGCAGUGCGGUACGUGCGGACCUGUUUGCAAAUAUAAUAGCCUUGAGCUUGGCCUGAUCCGGCGGACACAAGUAGAGGGCCUCUGCAGUGCACACAUCCACACACACAGAGGUGUGCUGUGCCGACCGACAUACGCCACGCCCAGCCACCGCCCCUCUGACCGACCUGUGUAUAUGUCGAUGGCCUCCUCGAACUGUCCGUCCUUGUACCAGUCGUUGCCCUCCUUCUUGAGGCUCUCGCACUUCUCGAGGUCAUAGUGAUCCUCUUCUUCCUCCUCCCCACCACCACCACCACUAGCAGCAUGAUCGCCCUCGCCGUCGGCAUCGGCAUAGGGAUCGGCGUGCUGCUCCACUUCACCUCCACCAUCAGCGUCAGCCUCACCCUCACCAUCAUCGCUCUCACCGGCCUCAGCGAUCACCGGCGCCUCGUCCCCCUCGCCGUCAUGCUCAUCUUCACACUCCUCCGCAUUCUCGUAGUACCUGGCGUGGUCCUGCCGUUGCUCUGUCGUGUCAUCAACAGUCGGAGCCGGCUCAUGAUCUCUUGCCUCGUCUCGGUGGCGACCGUCGAGCAUCGGCCCAUUCACGGUAGUGGUGCCGACGGGCUCCGCCGUGUGACUGGUGUCAUCUUGCUUCUCAGCCGCUCCACGCUCCUCCAUUGCUUGCUGCUCCUGCUGCUUGUGUCGCCCAUUCUGCACGCGAUAAGCCGGCUGCCUGAGGUCUUCAGUGAAGGGGUCCCGGGCGGCGAACAGACCGGUCACGCUGCCAGUCCUCACGGCGGGGGCAGGCUUGGUGCUGUCGGCACACUGCUCCCCGUCAUCACCGUCGUCAUCGUACAGGUCGGCUCCUUCCACCACACCACCUGUGGGUGCCGCUCUUGGUGCUGGUGGAUGAGAAGGAGGAGAGGGAGAGGGGGCGGGGGCGGCCUCCUCGGUGGGGGUGUCUUUGACAGGGACGAAGCGGCACACCCCUCCCUCGCACACAACGCCUGAACACACACACGACACAGGAGCCAGCCAGAGAGAGCAUUGCAUGCACCUUCACCCGAAGCAGUGAUGGUGUGCGGACCUGGUGGCAUGCCCGAGUCCGUGCUCUGGUUGGCAGCGACCACACUCGUCUCGACACGCUUGUCGUCCUUGUCUUGCUGCUGCUGUGCGGGCCGCUGAGGACCGAGAUAUCGCCAGAGGAAGAUCAAGGCAAUCAACGCAGCCAACACAACGGUGCCAAGGACAAUCCACAUCUUCGCUGCCUUCCAAACGCUUUCCUUUUCU